GUCCACCCGUCCGUCUCUCUCUCCUCUUGUCUGAUUAGUAGUACGUCCGUCCUCCUCCCUCUCACUUUCUUCUUUCCCUCGUUUGAACCUCGUCAUUCUAAUUAUCUUGAUUAUUUUCGCUUUCCUCGCCGCACCUUUCUUAUCCCUUCGUUCCAUUCCUCUUCCACCUUUCUCUUCUAUCAAUUCUGGAUACCCCCGUUUGACCCUUUCCCAGGGGUCCCGCUCUGAUAUCCUUUUUUUCCCCUGGCAGCCGCAACGCGUGUCCCCCCCGACGUCAACCUUCCAACACACCCACCUAUCAAUGUGCAGAAAUUGACUUGUCCCUGCGCCGUGCCUCGCCAGACCUUUCGACCUUUACCGGUCAUCCCCAUCAACAUUCACCAUUGACAACCAACAUCAACAUCACCGUUCUUGUUCUUGGAGGAUUAUGCCCAAUUCCUCCGUCCAUUCUUUUUCAUAAAGGACGCUUUCCGACGCAUGAUCCUAUCGUAACGCUCACGACUUGACGUCUGUUCGAGCCUUUCACUCUUUUCGAAUUAUCAGUACACGUUCUUUACGCCGUUGACCGGCCAGCCACUCUUUUUUCUGUGUUGUCAGCCUUCUCAUUUUAACGACGAUUCCCAAUAUCCGCUUUUUUUCCCUUUUUAUUCCUCUUGUAUUCAAACCGUCAUCAUGUCCCUCGACUCAACCAACCCGUCUUUUUCUUCUAACGUCCUGUCCGGUCGAUCCAUCUUUAAACGAUGUGUCUCAUGCGAUUCAACUGCCCCGACGUGCCCGUCAUGCCCUUCUGGCGAAAUAUGUACCAUGAUCAGUCAGUCGUGUGACCAAUGCGCUACAACCAAAUGCAUUAAAACGUCCAGUGGUUCGAGCUCGCAGGGUAGCUCAUCAGGGGGAAGCAAUGUGGGCGCCAUCGCCGGUGGUGUGGUUGGGGGUGUAGCUGCUGUGGCCCUCAUCACUUUCCUGGUAUGGUGGUUCUUCGUCCGCAAGAAGCGUCAGGAAUUAGCAGAACAACAAGGGACCAGCGACGGCGAAAAAUCCAGCACAUUCGCCGAUGCUCGCCAGGCACGGAAAUCGACCAACUCCAUCGCUUCUACCGUACUCACUCGCGCUUCGAACGUCAUUCAGAUCGCCUACAUACCCGGCGUCACCAACCGCUCUCCCCCAGAAACGCCCCUGGUACCGCCUGUCCCCCCGCUUCCGGGUGCCGCUCCCGAUCAGCACUUCUUCAUGCCGGGUGACCUGCGCGACUCGGCCUGGUCCGAGGCCUCCCGCCAGCAUCGCAGUAUCGCCCCCAGUUUGCGUAGCAGCGUUGCCACCACGAUUUAUCGCGAUAAUGCGAUUGUGAGCCCCAUGCCGGCUCAGCAGGCAAUGCGCACCCGGGCUGCGGUGGUCAGCAUUCACAACGGAGGUAACCCUCCGGGAUCCGGGAACACGUUAGCUCCUCCCGAUGCGCCUGCGGUCCCCGCUAUCACGCAAGCACAGCUCGCCCGCGCUGGUGUCACCGAAUCGAACAGCAACAGUUCUAUUGUGGCACGCACGGUCACCGCUAAACCGGUUAUGGUGAGGGGUAGCAUUAAAAAGAAGAACAAGGAUCAAAACAACAGCAAGACGGCGCCCCCUAGUGCCACCUCGCCCGCCGUACAGACGAUUGAGGAGCAGUCGGAAUCAUCCACCUCGGCUGCAUCAAGUACGAAGCCACCAUCUGGCCCGACCUCGGGUUUUGACGCCAAUUCAUCCGACGAGGAAGAAGCCCAUGUGAAGCACAUCCAACCCGGCAAGGGCGGAUCGCCGGCGCCUAAGAGCCCGACAGUAAUCGAGGAUUCCCCCGCCGUUGAGCAGAGCCCUUUCCAUGAUCAACCAGAUCCCCAGACAAACCGACGCGCAUCGGCGCGCUUGUCGUCUCGACUCGAGCCUGACGAGGGCACCAGAUCUAAUCGAAGCAGCCGAAUCCCACCCGAGCGAACGGAUAGUCCAUUUUCCGACGCCAACGAGGUGAAAUGAGUUUCUCGCAUGCUUUUCUCUCUUGUUUUUGGGUUCAGUCUGGGUCCUGGUUGGCGACUAUUGGCGUAUGAGCACGUUUGGGUCCAUUGACCAUGUUAUAGAAGCUAUGUUAUCGUUUACUUUUCGUGUAUCUAUGAUCCGCUAUGCAAUUGGAUCGAGUAUAAGUCUAUCAAUCAUUCAGAAACUACUACGGGUUUCGCCGUGAAUCAGAUUGAAAUUGUGUCUGGACUGUUUUAUUUUUCUACACUAGCAAUUCAAUACCACCAUCCCUGGUUCAGGAACCAUCUGUCCGUCCCGGAACCAGAACCACAAGCAGAACCAACGACCAAUCAUGUCCCCGACGUGGUUCGUGUGCGGAGCAAAAGUAAACAUCUUUCCAGAUGAGACACAAUCCCAAAUAUAGGAAACAAGCAAAUGAACAUUCACCCCUUGUGGAAACCUCAACCCCUCCCCAAAUCUCACCCUGAAACAAUCCCCACAUCAUCCCCGAUCUUCGCUUAGAUUUGCGGAGACCGGAAGGUUCAAAAGAAAGCAUAGACCCAAAGAUGGUCUUGUUUCAGAUGAACUUUUAUUCUGCGACGUGUGAGGGGGCGAUAUAUAUCUUCUUGAAGUACAUAUAUAAUCGGGGGGUAGGGCUGGCGAAUU